AUGGCAGACCCAUUUUCUAUUGCGACUGGGGUCGCCAGGUUGAUAUCGCUUGGCAUCCAAGUGACGGAAUCCCUUGCUGCUUUCUACACUUCAUAUAAGACCCAAGACGCCAAUGUAGCUCGAACUACCGCAAAGCUCGAAAAUCUGCUGAAAACGUUUCGAAAUCUUGAUGGUAUACUGAAAAAUCGUACAUUCGAGCCUGAUGAACAGAAUCUGACCAGGAACAUCGAGUCUUCGAUCCAAUCAUGUGAGGAACUUAUUCGAGAACUACAGGAUGAAUGUGGAAAACUCAAUAAAGCUUCUGCCAGUGACAUGAAGAGCGCUAUCAAAAUCGCAGGGCGACGAGCGGCAUAUCCGUUCCGCCAAAGCACGCUCCAGAAACUCGAUGAAGACAUUGGGGAGAUACGUGAUAACCUAUCACUGGCACUAGACGUGCUACACCUCGAAAAUCAGAAGAAGGCUGAAGACGAUAUCGCCGAGGUUAAGCUGCUUCUCGCGCUCGUGAAUGCAACGCAGAUCUCAUCGUCGGUCCGUGACUGGCUUAAAGCGCCAAAUGCGAGCAUUAACCACAAUUCUGCGUGCGCUAAGCGCCACCCAGACACAGGCAUGUGGUUCAUCAACGGCCCGUAUUUUACCACAUGGCUGAAGCAAGAUGGUUCCUUCCUUUGGCUUAAUGGCCCUGCAGGAUGCGGCAAGUCAGUCUUAUGCGCAACAGCCAUCCAACAUGCUUUCCGCCAGAAGCACUCGGGUGUAAAUGUGGGCAUUGCUUUUUUCUAUUUCACUUUCAGCGAUAAUUCGAAACAAGAUGAGUCUGCAAUGUUACGAGCUUUGCUCUUACAACUAUCUGGACAACUUUCUGAUGGUCAAGCUAUCCUUGAGCUCAUGCGGACUUCCAUCCAAGCAGCCACACCUCCAACAACACUAUUAAUCGAGCAUCUCCGAAAUCUAAUACCAAGGUUUCACCAGGUGUAUAUCUUACUCGACGCCUUGGACGAGAGUCCUCGAUAUGCUCAACGGGACCAGGUCCUAAAUGCAUUGCAGAUGAUGAGGAAGUGGUCAUUGCCAAUGUUGCACCUCCUAGUCACUAGUCGAGACGAACCAGACAUACGCGAUACGCUGGACCCAGCCCACAACCAAAUCCUGAUCAUGAAGAGUGCGGGGAUUGAUAAAGAUAUCAGCGACUUUAUCUCGAGCCAACUAGACGUCGAUCCGAAACUCCGAAAGUGGAAAGCGCAUCAUGCCCAGAUUAGAAAUGCGCUGAUUGAACGUGCUCAAGGCGUAUUCCGUUGGGUCGGAUGUCAAUUCGAGUCUCUCAAACGAUGUCCUCGUAGCGAAAGUCACCUCGAUCGAUGUUUACACUCGUUACCGCGAAGUUUGGACGAAACCUAUGAGCGGAUGCUCUGUAGUAUUGAUGAGAGUUCCGUUGAGGAUGCCCGGCGGAUCCUGACCCUAUUGUGCUUCUCAUUCCAACCUCUCACAGUGCCGGAACUUAUUGAGGGAAUCGCAGUCGACCUUGACGAACCUGCACGACUGAAUUGUCGACGUCGACUACAGGACGCAGAUGACAUUCGCAAUAUUUGUCCAGGUUUGAUUGAUAUUAAUGACCACGUGGACAGCGAGAAAAUGCAAAUGGCGCCAAUAGUCCGUCUAGCUCACUUCUCGGUCCAGGAAUACCUCGAAUCCGAUCGGAUCACCAAGCAAAAGGCGGCAAAUUUUGCGCUACAAAGCGCUCCUGCGCACGCGGAAAUUGCACAGAUAUUCCUGGUGUACCUCCUGGAGCCAGAACUAUCUAGUGGACCACUCCAUGAGACGAUCAACACAUUUCCGUUAGCCCUUGCUGCGGCUGCGUUUUGGUCCGACCAUUAUAGGAACGGAGGAGCUGUAACAUCCCAAUUGAAAUCGCUGAUCUCGAGGUUAUUUAGUCAACAAAACUCUCUCCGCACUUGGUUAUGGCUGUACAGGAUACAGAACUCUUCGUGGGUUGUAGCGACAUUUGACAUCGACUCCCCCUCCACCGAUCUGCCAAUAAUUUGUGCGUCCUAUUUCGGGCUUGACGAAGCUCUAUAUGAGCUACUCGCUCUCAUGGAUAGUGACAGUGACAGGAAAAUUCUGAUAGAUAGCCCAAGUGCGUACCCGGGCCUGUUUCCAUUGGCAGUGGCAUCAGAAGAAGGUCACGAAAAAGUGGUGCGAGUCCUGCUCGAUGCAGGUGCCGAUGUGAGCGUCGGAGGAAACGAGGCAAUCUACGCGGCGUCAAGAUAUGGCCACAAGAACGUUGUCCAGAUACUAUUAAAUUCUGGAUUAGAUAGAGCAGGCGUUGACAGAGCAAUGAUGGGAGCAUCAGAGUAUGGGGAUGGGGGAGUGGUGAAGAUGCUAAUCGAUGCUGGGGCAGAUGUCAAUGCCCGUGACGAAAAGGUCGAUACUGCACUGCAAGUAGCAUCAGAGUAUGGACAUGGCGAGGUGGUGAAGAUACUAAUACAUGCUGGGGCAGAUGUCAAUGUUAAGGGUUCGAGGGAUACUACUGCGUUACAGGUAGCAUCAAAUGCCGGCCGAGAUGAGACGGUGAAGAUACUGCUGGAUGCUGGGGCAGAUGUUAAUGCUGAGGGAGGCAGAUAUGGCACAGCAUUAUACGCAGCAUCAAGUCACCCCUGGCUGGGCACCAUGAAGAUGCUUCUGGAUGCCGGAGCACACGUGAAUACUCUGGGAGGGAAAUUUGGUACUGCAUUACAUGCCGCAUCACGUUUCCCCGACCCAGUGGGAGUGGAGAUAUUAUUGGCUGCUGGGGCAGAUACCAAUAUGCAAGGACGACUUGGUACUGCUUUACAUGAAGCAUCACGUUUUGCUAGGGCGAAGACGGUAGAGGUGCUUCUAAAUGCUGGGGCAGAUGUCAAUGCGGCAGGAGCAGGGUGUGGUGCUACUGCCUUAGAGCUAGCAUUGGCUGGAGGCGAGAGAAAGGUGGUUGGUAUGGUUGAUGUGAUCCAAAAGCUACUGGAUGCCGGGGCUCUCGACGAGAGGGGAGAAGUGCGGGCUUUCUUGGAAAUUGCUCGACAACGACGAAGUGGUCGGUAUAUCGAACGCAACUAA